UAGUAAGUCGCCGGCCAUGACGCGCUGGAGCGCCUUUACGCAAGCAGGAUGUCCAGAGUUUGCAAAUAAUUACACCAACGAGCAAUAUCGAAGAUAAAGUAACUAUGUUUUAGUGCUUCCUGUUGUCAUAUUUUGGAUACAAACAAAGUCACACAGCGUGUAAGUGGAUUGAGAGAGCAGAAGCAACGUUCUGAAGACAAGCAGCGAUGGAGGAGCAGAGGGACUUGAACAGCACAGAUAGCAGCGAGGGAGAAAGCGUCUCCCCGUCUCCCAGCCUGCCCUCGCCGCCCAUAUUGCCUCUGCAGGUUGCUCAGCAGGCACACAGAACCACCAACUUUUUCAUCGACAACAUUUUACGGCCGGACUUCGGCUGCAAGAAGGAGCACGCCCUGGGCCCUCGGGAGAGGGCGCAGACCUCCGGCCGGGAUCGGGACCGCGUCCACCCGCUGGUCACCAGACCUAGCCUUCCCGGAACGCCGUGCCAAGACUCUAAUUGUAGCAGUGACAGUACUUCGUCCUCCGCCUCUUUGACUAGUCCUAAAAAGAGUAACGGCAGCAGCGGAGGAGACGCGGCCGCCUCCACGGGGAGCAGCGGCGUCAAAGCCGAGGAGAGGACUGGCGGCGGGGCCGGGGAGAACACGUCCUCCUCGCUGGUGGUGUUGAACGGCACCGGGGCGCCCACACCGGAGAGCCAGCCGUUACUCUGGCCUGCCUGGGUCUAUUGCACCCGGUACUCGGACAGGCCAUCAUCUGGCCCAAGGACACGGAAACUGAAAAAGUCGAAAAGCGGCAAAGAGGACAAGCGGCCGCGCACGGCCUUCACCGCCGAGCAGCUGCAGAGACUGAAGACGGAGUUUCAGGUGAACCGCUACAUCACAGAGCAGCGGCGCCAGUCUCUGGCCCAGGAGCUCAACCUCAACGAGUCUCAGAUCAAGAUCUGGUUUCAGAACAAACGGGCCAAGAUCAAAAAGGCCAGCGGCUUCAAGAACGGGCUGGCGCUGCAGCUGAUGGCGCAGGGACUGUACAACCAUUCCACCACCACCAUCCAGGAGGACAAGGAGGACAGCGACUGACCGCCCGGCCGGCCUGCUGCACCACCACACACUCUGUACAUUGUAAAUACUAAAUAUCUAAUUUAAUGACGAGGACGGGGCGGAGAGCUGGAUCUUGUUUUGUCAGUAGCUCUCCUCUUCUUCUUUUCUCCCCCUCCUCUUCACAAGUGACCGUCCAGCAGAACAGACUGCAGACUGCCACUGCAAAACCAAAGAUUUUAUUGGAAAACAGCCUGGACAGUUUCUAAGACAAUAAAGACAAAAUCAACGUAUGUCUGUGUCCCCCUGAGCCGCACCGCCUGCUCAUUGUGUCAUGUUAAGUUGCUGUGGUUCUGCUGCGGUGCACCGGGCCAACAACAGCCCAAACACCGCGAGAGCAGCCGCUGGCUCCAUUUCACUUGUUUUGUUGUUUUCCCGGACCAACUGAUUUCUAAGAACUGUAAUAAUCCAACAGGACAUUUUACAGAGAUGCCACACAAGUGCCAACAAGAAACAAUAGGCCUAUAAUGGUGAUACAGCAGGUGAUAAACAAACUGCAAAAUCACUUCUGAGCACAGAAACACACGAUUAAUGCCUUCGGGAUUUUUAUAGGAAUAUUUUAGAAAAAGACCGACUAUAAUAUCGAGUACUACAGUGUUAACAUCAGUAGGCCUAUGCUUAAAACAAUAAACAAAUAAAACAUUU